AUGGCGUCAACGAAAGAAACACCUUCGACUUACAGCCAGUUUGCUUGCAUUGGUGCUGGCUUUUCAGGCAUUGCCCUCGGAGCCACGCUCAGACGGUGGUACGGCAUCACCGACGUUCGACUUUUCGAACGGCACAGUGAGCUUGGUGGGACAUGGUUCGCCAAUAAAUACCCAGGCGCUGCUUGCGAUGUCCCAAGUGUCCUCUACAGCUACUCUUUCGAGCCUAACCCCAACUGGUCUCGAGUUCUACCUUCACAGCAGGAGCUUUGGAACUACCAGAAAGACGUCGCGGAUAAGUACGAUCUACCGUCAAAGAUGACAUUUGGUGUCGAAGUCCAACGUUGCCAAUGGGUCGAACGGAAUAAGAGAUGGAUGCUUGACAUUUGUGACCGCAAGACGGGAGAUGUCUUCCAUCACGAGUGCAGGUUCCUCUUUGCGGGCUCUGGUAUACUGGUCACCCCUCGAGAGAUUGACAUUCCUGGCUCCGAAAACUUCAAAGGAUCCAUAUUUCACUCAUCCCAGUGGAGGAGCGACGUCGAUGUCAAGGGCAAGAAUGUCGUCGUCAUCGGAAAUGGCUGUACAGCUGCCCAAAUUGUCCCAUCAAUAGUGGAUAAGACAAAGCAUCUGACCCAGAUAAUCCGUGCUAAACAUUGGAUGCUUCCGCCUAUUGAUGGAGUGUAUACUGAUUACAUGAAGUCCAUAUUCAGCUAUCUACCAGGCACCAUGAUGAUACAACGGCUGCUCAUAUUCUUGACAGCCGAGAUUGAGUUGAAGGCAGUUCCUAUGACUACAACCGCUGCCAAGUUCCGUAAGAAGCGACGCGCUCAUGCUGAGAAGUUCAUGAGAGACACUGCCCCGGUCAAGUAUCACGAUCUUUUGAUUCCAGAUUUCGAGAUUGGUUGCAAGAGACGAAUCUAUGACUCUGGAUACCUGAAGUCUCUCCACUCCAAGAAUCUGACCUUGACCAACGAACGAUCGCUGAGAAUUGUUGAGAAUGGAAUCGAGACUGAUCGUGGCUUUGUUGAAGCCGAUGUUAUUGUGCUAGCUAACGGCUUUUCCACGAACACAUUCCUCGAAGGAGUUGAGGUUGUUGGGCGUGAGGAAACGUUGGCUCAGCACUGGGAGUCGUUUGGUGGAGCCGAAGCCUAUAACUGCUCUGCUAUGAGUGGCUUUCCAAACUUCUUCAUGAUUCUAGGCCCCAAUGCAACAACAGGUCACACUUCGGCUAUCAUGGCCAUCGAGAACAGUGUCAACUUUGCAUUGCGCAUUCUCAAGCCCGUUCUUGGUAACCCCAAUGGAGUCGUUGAGCUUGACAGGGACGCUGAAGAGCGUUAUGUCAAUCGGAUCCAGCAUGAUCUGUCCAAAACUGUUUGGAACUCAGGGUGCCAAAGCUGGUACAUCCAGUCCCACUCGGAGAACAGCCGGGUAUGGAAUGCCAUGCUUUAUCCAUAUUCUCAAGGAUUUCUUUGGUACAGGAGCUUGUUUCCCGUUUGGAGCGACUGGAAGAUCACAGUGAGUCAUGGUUACCCGACGUGGUAUUUUUAUAGAGGCUAA